AUGUCCCUAUUGGUUCCAAAUAAACAUUAAUCCUCAAUUACAAAUCUAUCAAAGAUUGAUAACAAUCUUUUGCACCUAUCUGGUCUUAAGAAAGUUAAGAGAAGGCAUUCUUAAAAGCGAAUGACAGUUGAUAAUGUCAUUACUCCAAAAGAGUCAGCUAAUAUAGAAUAAUGGAAUGAGAUAAGAGUUUCUAAUACUCUUCCUUCAAGAAGAGCUCAUCAUUCAUCUCUUGUAGUUGGAGAACUACUUUAUGUUUACGGUGGUGUUGAUACAAGACAAGGAAUGUGUAGUGCAGACUAUCUUUGGGCUGUAAAUCCUUUGGGUUAGUUUCUCAAAUGGGAGUGCCUAAAAAUAGAAGAUAAACCCAGGAUAUUGCCAGGUAUCUUAAUGAAAUAAAUUUUCCUCAAAAUUAUUAGAUAAGUUAACUUUGGAGAACCUUAUAGCCCCAGCAGAAGAAGGAGACAAAGCUCAAAUAAAAAUUUUAAAAGAUUGAACCCACUCUGCUUUCAAAUAAAUUUAAAGACUCUUAGAUCUUAGAAUUUUUAAGUUGCAGUUCUAUAACCAAGUUCAGGUUAAAAACUUAAUGAUAAAAUGGCGCAUUUUGAUCUGACAUGUAUCGAUUCACACACUGCUGUUUUUUACAAGCCAGAAAAUAUUAUUAUCACAUUUGGUGGUUACUACAACAAUGCAUUCAUCAACAAUUUCUUAUCAUUGAUUCAUGUAUAAAGUAAAAAAUGGAUUAUUGCAAAUGAUUUAAUCAAUUCCCCAUUUCCUUUAGCGAGAUGUGAUCAUGCUGCAGUAUUAUUAGGCGACAAAAUGUAUCUAAUGGGAGGUAAAAAUAUCGAACUAAAUAUGUAAUUCAAUGAUCUAUGGCUGUUUGAUAUUCCAAAUUACAAAUGGCAAUAGGUUCUUACUCCUUUCAAUAAUUCUCUUCCUCCCCCAAGAUCAGGCCAUGCAAUCACAGCAGACGAAGAAAGUGGGAAAAUAUACAUAUUUGGUGGAUCAUCUUUAACCCAAACCCAAGAACUUAAUGAUUUCUAUUCUUUUGAUACUAAAAAGGAGGUAUGGGAACUUCUACACGCAUCGCAUUAUCCAGAGGACGUGUCAUAAAGUUUGCUAAAUUUUCCAGGAAAUGCUCUUAAAAGGCUUACUAGAAAAUUAACUAAUCAGUUGAGCUUUAUAAAGAAUUAGCAACCUUUGACACCGCUUCAUCAAGCUCAAAAAAAAAGAUAAGAAUACAUGAAGAUGAAACAGAUGCACUCAAAUGUUAAUAGCUUUUUAGAUGAUAGUACAGUUUAGUCAAAACAUGGAAGUAUUUUAAAUGCUAUAAAUUUUACAAAACCUAGCUUUGCCUUUACCCCUUUCAAUUUUAAUAAAAAUGUAGUUUCUCCGACUGCAACAGGCUCAUAUAUUUUAGAUUCAGAGAAGGAUGUUUCUGUUAGUAGACUACCUAUUCCUAAAUUUGAUAAUUAAACUUAAGAGGAAAUAAAAGAAAAUGUAAAGAAUUAGUGUGAAUAGAACUCUUAAUAAGACCAGUAAAACGAAAUUCUCGAUUUAACUUACUCUCCAGGAGAAGCAUUAUUUAGACAAUAAUAAAAUUUGAUAAGGAUUACAAAAUUAAGAAAGAAAAAUCUUAAGAAUCAAAUAAAUUAUGAGAGUAAAACUUCUGAAGCUUAUAAGAAAUAUAAGGAAUUAAGAGAUUCAUAGAUGCCUUUCAGAUAAACUAAUGAUUACCAAUUUUUAUAAUCCAAGAAAAGAUUUUCAAUGGACGAUCAAAACUCCUAAUUGAAUCUGUCAUCAUAAAUAUUGGCCUAGUCUAAACCUCUUUUUGAGGAAAUGAAUGUCAGGAUCUAAGAUCAAGAAGGUUAUCCAGUGAUUUAUCAUAAGAGAGCAUUUAACAUAUAAUAUACUAACUUCAUCAAUACUUAUUUUAAGUCUUAGAAAGAUAGAAAUGAGUAUUUAGAGCAAGUAAAAAGCUAAAAUAUUGAACAGGAAAUUAACCAGUUUGAUUCUGAAGGAGAACAGCGAGAAAAAGAUCGAGAUAGAGAUUAAUUUUAGAAAAGUAUGCUACCUGAAAUACCAUAAAUUUUAGUUGACCAUAUAAACAAAGUUGAUACUCUUAGAUAUUUCUAGAGAAAGAAAUAUCUUAAAGAUAAUAUUGGUAAAUCAAGAUAAAAAUACGUAGGAAACUAGGCUAAUACCUCGUUUAAAGUGAACAAGAAUUCUAAAGAUAAUUUAGUUCAAGAUAAUUCCAAUCAAUUAUAAUCUUAGAAAUACUUAUAGUAAAGUAAGACUAAUAUAAACUCACCUACAAGCAGUAACCUAUCACCAGCCAAAAGGUAAUAGAUUUGGUCUCCAAAAACUGAAGUAAACUCUCCUUAAGGUUCACCUAGUAAAAGCAAAAAAGAAUAAGGAUUCUCUUAAUUGUUAGAGGCAAGCACAAACAAAGCAAUAAACAACUUUCUCAGAUUUGAUUAGUUAGAUCGAAUGACACCCACAAGUAGAUAACUUAAGGAAUCAAUGAUCGGAAAUUUGUAGUAGUACUGUGAUUUAAAAGCAAUAACUAAAGAAUAAUAGCAAAUAAAGCAUUAACAACACUAGUCAAAGUCUUCACAUAAAAUGUUUUCUCCUCGGGAAGGAAUCGUUUCUGGGAAAUUCCCCACUCAAAGAGAUGGAAUGACUAUUAAUUUGAUGUGUGAAUAUUCGGAUGAAAUUGGAGGUAAAAAUCAAAAAAGCAUUAUAUUAUUUGGAGGAGAUAGAUUUAGAAUGACAUACAACGAUUUGUAUUGUUUUAAUCUAUGA